GUGUGGGGAAAACCACUCUGGUCCAGAAAGCCUGUGAAGCUUUGGUGUUGUCAGGAGUCACAGUUGAAGGUUUUUACACAGAGGAGGUGAGGGAGGGCGGCAGGAGAGUCGGCUUUGAUGUUGUCACCCUCACCGGCGAGCGGGGCCACCUGUCCAGAGUCAGAGACGGCGCUGGCGUGUCUCAUCACGGCAGGCGGGAGUACACCGUGGGGCAGUAUGUGGUUGAUUUGCCUUCGUUUGAAAAUCUGGCUCUCCCCCUCUUCAGACAUGCGGGGUCAGCCGAUGGCAGCAGGAAGGUGUUCGUCAUUGACGAGAUUGGGAAAAUGGAGCUCUUCAGCCAGUCGUUCAUCCGGGCCGUGAGACAGACUUUAGACGGUUCUUCUUGCACAAUCUUGGGCACCAUCCCCGUCCCCAAAGGUAAACCUUUGGGUCUGGUUGAAGAGGUGCGGGGCAGGAGCGACGUUAAGGUCUUCACUGUGUCCAAGGAGAACAGAAGUGCUAUUCUACAAGACGUUCUAACAACUCUGCAAGAAUGUUUGAAGGCUUCAAACUAACCUCAAGUUUUAAAUGUACUCAAGAGAAAACUCCAGCAGUAUAUAUCCGACGGUUCCUGCGUGUCGCUGCAUGAGCUUCAGACAACCAAAUUAAUAAGAGGAUGGAGUUAAAACAGAACUGUUCUGCAGUAAAAUGAGGAGAAUUCAGAGCUG